UUUGUGCAGGGUGAUAACGAUGGAGGAGCGUUCUCUUAGGCGGCUCCUGGACCGUUAACAAACAGCAGAACGACGGAGCCGCUGCAUUCAGCGUAUGGACGGAAAAGCUUCGUAAAGCUGUUCGGUGCUGGCUCCAGCAAGAGAUUUUCAAAUUGCAGACAGUGAAAUUGUUGAUGGAAUUCUUUGAGGAGUGACGUGUGCUGUGGAUAAAGUGAACCUGAUGAUAUAUUGUACUUGGCUUUCCUGAAGGCAUUUCACAAGCUACCAUGGAAAAGUUGUCUGUUUCGAGUGGGAGCUACUGGUUUAGUGGUACAUACUGGCCUGGAUACUGGAUUGGCUGGCUGCUAGAAAACCGAGAAUAUCCAUAAAUGGGAUAUUAGAAGGAGAGGAUUUACAGUCGGGAAACUGCAACCGAUCAGGAUUUCACAGUGUGGCCCAAUUUGGCGUAACCUGAAUCUUAUUGGGUUUUGAACAUGGAAGGAGAAAACACUGUUGACAGCGGUGAGAAACUGUACAUGUGUAAUGUGUGUGCACGAGCUUUCAGCCGAUCAUCUGACCUCUCGAAACAUAAACGGACUCACAAGGAGAAACUGUGGAAAUGUGGGGACUGUGGGAAUGGAUUCAGGUCCUCGACUGAACUGGAAAUUCAUCGGCGCAGUCACACUGGGGAGAAACCAUUCUCCUGUUCUGAAUGUGGCAAGGGAUUCAGUCAGAAAUCCCACCUGCAGAGACACCAGCGAGUUCACACUGGGGAGAGACCAUUCUCCUGCUCUGAAUGUGGGCAGGGAUUCACUAAUUCCUCCAACCUGCUGAUACACCAGCGAGUUCACACUGGGGAGAGGCCGUUCAUCUGCUCUACUUGCGGCAAGGGAUUCACUUUGGCUUCCAGCCUCCAGACUCAUCAACGAAUUCACACUGGGGAGAGGCCAUUCACCUGCUCCUAGUGUGGGAGGGGGAUUCUCUGACACAUCCGGCUCGAUGACAUAUUAGUGAAUUCACACUGAUGAGAGUGUUUACCUGUUCCCACUGCAGGACAGUGUGGAGGCGUUUAUCUGAACUGACUGUACAUCAGCAGACUGUCUGUGGAGAAGCUGAGUGAGGGGAUUUACUGAAUCUGCCACCCUGUGGACAGUUCACACUGGGGAGAGGCUGAUCCUCUGCACCAAGUGUGGGACAUAUUCACUCCGUCGUCCAGCCUGCUGAAACACCAGUGAGUAUUUUGUGUGAAGAAUCUAUUCACAUGCCGAAUGUGGAAAAGCAUUCACUCAGUCAUCCAGCCAACUGAGCAGCCAUCGGGUUUGCACAGACGAGAAGCAUUUUCAAUGUCCAAACUGAGUGAAGUAUUUGAAAAGAUCCUGGGAGCUGACAUCCAUGUACUUGUUCACAUUGAUGCGAGCCCAUUCAGAUGCACUUACUGCAUGACUGAGUUCAGCAGUGAGUUCACACUGGGGACAGGACUUUCUCUGCGUCGGGGAAAGGGAUUCAUUGAGUUAUGAAAACUGCUGAAAUGUCAGUGAAAUCCUGAGUAACUGCAGUGAUGAAGGAUGUAUAAUUUAUAUAAAUUCCAGUUUUGGAAGUUGGAUUUUAUAAUAGUGACACUGAAUUUGGUUCAUUUUCUGAAAGUUUUCUGUAAAAUAAAAAGUGUGAAUCCUUGUGAAACAGUGACCUUCCUCCAGCACUGCUCAGAAUGCGAGUGGCUGUGGAGGCCCAUGUGGAGUUAAUGGGAAAUUGUUUAGACUCUUGUAGAUCUACAACAGAUGAGCAAACAUCAAAGGACAUUAUCUUGUUUUCAGUUCAGAGUAAUCAAGGAUUGAUUUUAGGUUAUAAACCCAGUGUUAGAAGGUAUUUUGUUCAGUUUGGAGAUCGGACUGUGAUCAGAAUCAAGUUUGGUCUCUCUCCUGUAUAGACCUCAGAAUAAUUCAGUGGAAACAAAAGAACAAAAAGUUACCUGAGUAGAACUUCUGAGGAGGGUUUGGUUUGAGCUCUGAAGGUAUUAGAAGCGGAAAAUGUUUAUUGUCUUAAAAUUGAGAGUAUUCAUGAAAGAAAAUUGCAUAGUUCACAGGAUAAGUUUGGGCCAAACCAGUUCAGAUAUCAUUUAGAGAUUUAAUAUCUGGUGUAAUUUCUCUGGAUUUAAAGCUGUGUGAAUUGAUGCGGGUACACAGUUGCAGCAGGUAAUCAGGAAGGCUUAUGGAACAUUGGCAGUUUAAAUCUCCAACCCUCAAGAAAUAAAGUUGGAAUGUUUUCCUGCAACUGUACAAGGUGCUGGUGAGACCACAUCUUGAAUGCUGGGAAUAAUUUUGGUCCCCUUAUGGAAGGAAAGGUAUUAUUUCAUUGGAGGUGGCUCAGAGAAUGUUCCUGAGGAUAUUCCCUCGUAUGGAGGGACUGUCAUGAGCAAAGGCUAAACUUAGUGGGAGUCUACUCACUGGAGUUCAGAAGAAUGCGAAGUGAUGAAACGUAUUAGAUUAGGCUUGAAAGGGUAAAUGUUGAGAGGAUUUUUCACUUGCUGGAAGAAUCUCAGACCAAAGUGCGUUGUCUCAGAAUAUAGGGCCACCACCAAUUUAAGACUGAAAUGAGGAGGAAUUUCUUCUGUGGAGCGUUGAGAGCCUGUGGAAUGCGUUGCCACAGAACAAGGAGGCAAAGUCAGGCCAUGUCUAACAUGAAGGCUGAUGUAGAUUCUUGAAGGAUUCUGGGAAAAUCAUAGGAAAGCAGCCAUGAAGAAUGUCAGAUCAGCUCUGAUUCUGUACAAUGGCAGAGCAGGCUCAAGGGGCCGAAUGGUGCUGUUGAGAAAUAGGUUGGGAACAUUGUUUUUCUCUCUGUUUUUGUCUUGUGUAAUCACAAUUUGUCUUUUUUUUUGUGGAAGAAUUCCUGCAGCCUCACAUGACUGACCACCAUAUUAACCAAAUUAAAAGAGUAAUCAUCUCACGUGGAGAUAGUCAGACACACAAUUAAACUGUCACCCAAUGUACCAGAAGAUGUGGAAAUAAAAAUACUCAAUACAAAAUAAUAA